AUGUCACAAACAACAACAAGACCUAGAAGAAAGGCAACAAUAAAUAAGUCGUAUAACGACUCAGUUGAUUUAAACAGUUUGGAUUACGAUUCACUGAACUCCGUCUCAACUGCAAAUUCAACCCAACUGUCUGGUUCUACAACAUCUGGUUCAAGAAGAAAAAAUCAAACUUCAACUUCCAGCGGUAAUAAUGGUAGAAAAACAUCGGCAGAAACUAACAAGUCAACCACCAAUGGUAACAACAUUAACAACAGCACUAACGGAAACCUAGCUUUACUGAAUUUGCCUAAUAAUUGGCAAUCUUCCCCUCGACUAGAAGAUUAUUUUUCGUUCAAACUAGAUUUAAGUGACGCAUACAUAGAUAUUGAUUCGCAAACAUUAUUCUGUCCAAAUCAAUUUCCUACAAACAACACCAAUCUGAAUAGCCGUCGUAAAAAUAACGUUGCACAAUUCAGUCUCAGCAAAGGUCAAUACAUCUACAUGAUAAGUGAACCGCCUGGUGAGCCUUAUUACAUUGGAAGAAUAAUGGGAUUCAAACAUAAGAAUAACAACAAUCAGAAUCAGGAAAGCAUGGCCAAUAUUGUUGAUGCCAAAAACUACAACUUUCAAAUACAAUGGUUUUACCGACCCCGAGAUAUUUCCAAGACCACAUCGGACUCACGACUAUUGUUUGCUUCCAUGCACACUGAUUCUUGUCCAAUAAGUUCAUUCCGUGGAUUGGUUGAAGUGCGGCAUAAACAGGAUAUUGAAGAUGAAUUUAACCGUGCCCAAGCAAAAGAGAAUAAACGUUCUGCUAAUGGUAAGAAGAAUACAUCACCAAGUACAGCCCCAACUGCAUUGGAAGUGUAUGUACAAAAACCAAAUCAAUUUUAUUUUGACAAGCUAUUUGAUCGUUAUAUGAUUAAGUUCUAUGAUGUUUUACUGACAGCCAAUCUCUUACAAUAUGCUGAAGUUGAAAAUAGUAAAAGUCGAAAUUUUUUGAUUGCGUUGAAUAAAAGAUACGAGUUUAUUUUUGUUGAGAGUCAGAGAACAAAAUCGUUGAUAAAUUCUUUUAGUUCGAAUACAUGCAAUUGUGAAAGUUGUGGACAAUGGUGUGAAAACUCAAAUUCAAUACAGUGUGUUGUAUGUGAAAAGUACUUCCAUAUGUUUUGCCUUGAUCCACCAAUGCUGAAGAAACCCAGUCGUGGAUUCUCAUGGUCGUGUGCCCCGUGUGCUAAAAAAAAUGAACAGGAAAAUCACCAGAAUAAACUUGUCAUGUUGCUAGAUAACAAGUCGUCAAAUAAAGAACAGUUAGCAAGGGAAUUAAGUGUUUUGAGCUCAACAGACAAUGAAUAUAGCAAAGAGUCAACUCCCAUACUGCCACUGCCUAAGCUUUCUGAGCUAGGCACUUUGCCAAAAUAUGAAAUGCUAGCUAUAGAGUUUUUGAAGAAGGAUAAAUCCACUUCUUUCGCGCAAAGACGAAUCAAAGAAGAAUGGUGUAUGCGCUAUUUGGGGCAACAUGCAAGGUUAGAAGAUGGGGUUGAUGUUGAUGAUAGAUCUCCAUACCCAAGGGCAAGUACAAGAAUAGGUACAAAACAUCAAGCUACAUAUAUUCCUGAAUGUGAUGGUCAUCCAUUGGUUUAUUAUGAUGUUGACAAACCACAGAAGAAGAAGAAUGGUAACGGGUCCAGCUCAUCCAGUAGGCGUUCUAAAAGCAAAAGUGUUGAAGACCAGGAUCUAAAACAAGUGAAAUUGGCAGUACCUCAAGAGUAUGCUGAUGUUGAUCCCAAAGAAUAUCCAGCUUGGUUGCAACCAAGACCAAAGGGGUAUAUUGAGCGCGGUGUCGAUGAUGGUGAUGGAGAGACUUGUACUUUGCUUUGGAAAAGUUCUGAAAAAGACAUAGCUGACAAUUUUACUACACUAGACCAUUACGUUGGAAAAUGCUCGCCUAUUGCUGAAUCAAUUGGAUUGUCACCAAACUCGCCAAACUUCGUGGAUGCUAUAUUAUAUUCAUACAUGCAGCAUAAAGGUAACGUUGAUGAGGCUUUCAAAGAAGCUAAAACUUUAACUAAAAAAAGUUUGAAGGAGCCUAUUUUUUCUAAAGAAGAAAUCAAAAGAUUUGAGGCUGGUGUCCGUGAAUUUGGUAGUGAAUUAUAUCCUGUUUACAAAAAAGUAAAGACACAGCCAGUAGCAAUGAUUGUUAGAUUUUAUUAUUUAUGGAAGAAAACCAAGAAUGGAAGAGAGAUUUGGGGAAAUUUUGAAGGCAGAAUACAAAAGAAAGUUCAGAAUAUCAUCAAAGAAGAAACUAAAUCAGCUGUUAAAGUGGAAGCCAAGAAUUCGACAAACACGGAAGAUGACUCUUCAUACGAAGAAUCAACUGAUCCUGACGACGACAAGAAGUUUAUCUGUAAACAUUGUAAUACACUUGAAUCAACUCAAUGGUUCAAGAUAACUGGACAUGAUGCUAAAAAGAAAAACUCAGACAACUACAUUAUAUCUUUAUGUUUUAGAUGUGCUAGAUUAUGGCGUCGAUACGCUGUUGUUUGGGAAGACCCAAAUGAAGUGCUUAAAAAAUAUAAUGGCAGUAGUAAAUCAGCAGGGGGUUGGAAAAAGAAAGUCGAAAUUGAAUUGCUCGAAGAUGCUGAAAGGAUUAUAGAACAUAACCAGGCGAUCUCAUCGGGGUUGAUAACACAAGAGCAGCCUAAUAGUUCUGGUAGUCGUGAAACUAAAAAACGACCACUGCCGUCACCGUCAACAACUUCACCUGCAAAGAAAAAACCCAAAAUCAAACAAGAAGAGUUGAAAGAGAAAGAGAAGGAGAAAAUUGUUCACAUCAAAACAAGUACUACUUCCUUGACACCUACAUUGUCGAACUUACAGAAUGAGGAGAAAUUUUUCCCUAAUAAAAUUAUUUGUGACUUACUAUUCAAUAGUGAUUACAAAUUGCCAGAGUUGAAGAAAUUAGUCAAAAGACUACCACUCGAUUCUGCCCCAAGUUUUAUUUCACAGUUAAUUGAAACUUACCGAGAGCGACAGUUGACUGAUGUUUACAACAACCUAUUAACAAAUGUGACUGUUCCAUCCUCAUCCAUUGAGCUUCCGUUUGAGCCAUCAGAAAGAAACUGUUGUAUCUGUCGAGAACACGAUAACAAUGCCGCUAAAUCUUCGUCAUUGUUGGAGAUGUUGAUAUGCUCAUCAUGUGGAGUCAAUGUACACGCAUCGUGUGCUGGAAUCAAACUACCUGAAGGUACAUCAAAGCCUAUCAAGGAAUGGUUAUGUGAGCCCUGUAUAAAUGAUUUACGUCCUAUUCACUCGGCAAUUUAUUCAUGUUCCUGUUGUCUUGCUAAUGAAUCUAAUUACGAAUUGUCUAUAUUGGGCUCACCAUUUGUACGUCCUGACUUCUUAAAACCUAUCGGGAAUGGCCGUUGGUGUCACUUGUUAUGUGCGAUUUUCAAUCAUGACUAUGUUUACUUUGAAAAGGCACUUGAAGGUGGUCAUAGUUUAGUGUCAAUUGUCAACAUUGAUAAAAUAUUCCUAAAUAAUCAUCGUCUUCAAUGUGAAAUAUGCCAGUCCAAAAAUGGUGCUUUGAUUAAAUGUGAGUUGUGUGACGACAACUUAAAUUAUCACGUGACGUGUGCUCAAGAUACGCCAAACUUUAAAUUGGGAUUCAAAUUAGUAGAUACUGGAAAGCCAGAUAUUAAUUUUGUGACACUUGUUGAUGGAGAUGCUUGUGGUAAACUCAAACCAAUACUAGUGUGUCCUAAGCACGAUCAAUCCAAGAAAACUAUUUUAAGUUUAAGAACAUAUGGCAAAAGAAUGAAUUCCAAACUAAAUGAACUGGAUUAUAGACCAUUGGUUGAAUUAUAUUUGCAAGAUUUGAUCAAUGAUAAAAAUAACAAACGUGGUAAAUUUUCAAAACUGAUGAAUUAUAUUGAAAACUAUAAACAGUUCUUCCACCGUCAAGUUGAUAAUGGGGAAAAUACUGCUAUUCAAGAAUUAUCUCAAACUGUCAAUGAAUGUUCUAGAUGUUCAUCUACAAAUUCGCCUAUUUGGUGGACCGUUAACAGUACAAAAUUGUGCCAAUCAUGUUAUCAUUCUGGAGGGCAUGACACAAAUGAAACAAAAAAAUUAGAGUUCAAGUCGGAAUCCGAGUCAGUGAAGGAUGGGGUAUUUACAAUGUUAAAUGGGGAAAACUAUGGUAUCAAGAAUGAAUUAGACAAAUUAGAUUCAAUUUAUAAACCUAAUAUUACUGAACUACAAGAAAGUGAUGAUGAAACAAACAAAAUAGAAAAAUCACAUCGGGUCGAGAGUGUGAGUAGAUCUAAAAUAUCAUUAGGCGAUAUACUUAGUUAG